AUUUCCGUCGCAACUUCCAACCGAGGUUUACACGCAUUGCCAAUUGGGGGUCAUCAACCAUGUUCACGUUAAUUCUUCUUGCCAUAAUUGGAGUAAUUGCUGUGACUUAUCGCGUGUACUACUUCCUCCGUCCAUUUAUAACCUACUUUAUUUUACACAAUUUCCUGUCCAAACGGAAGGAUCUGAAAAAAGCGGGUGAUUGGGCUAUCGUGACUGGAUCGACGGACGGCAUUGGCAAAGCAAUUGCUCACGAGUUAGCUCGUGAUGGGCUGAACGUGUUCCUUAUAAGCAGGUCUACGGAAAAACUAACCAACGUGGCUAACGAGAUUGAGUCUCUUUUCAAGGUGAAGACAAAAAUCUUUACUGCCGACUUCACUACGACCGACUUUUAUGAAAAGUUGCAAGAAGAGAUUAAAGGACUCUCCUCAGUUGCCAUUCUGGUCAACAACGUUGGCGUCGCAUACGCUCACAUCGAUUCCCUGGUCGCCUGUGAAGAUCUGACUCUGGAAAAUCUGCAGAAUAUGAUUGUCUGCAAUGCAACCUCAACCACCUGCAUGACUCGCAUUACCCUGCCAAAGAUGCUGGCAUCCCCGCCGCCGCCAGACGACGUUCACCGCUACAUUUUAAGUAUUUCCUCUCUUGCUGGCUGUCUCCCUGCUCCCUACCUUUCUGUCUACGCUGGCACCAAGGCCUUUGUAAACAAUUUUACUGCCUCGCUAGCCGGUGAGUUGGAGGGCACCUGUGUCAAGAUGCAGACACUCACUCCAAGCCUUGUAGCGACAAACAUGUCGGGCGUCAAGCAGCCCACUUUCAUUGUGCCUUCGGCUGAAAAAUUUGCGGCCUCGGCUCUGUCUAUGUUGGGUGUGAGAAGCCAGUUGUGUGGUUACCUUCCGCAUGAGCUGUUCCUGACA